AUGGUCUCUCAUUCUUCCGCUGAAUCAGAAUAUCGUUCAAUGGUUGUGGCUCUCCGUGAGAUUAAGUGGUUUCGGCGAGUGUUAGCCGGACUUGGUAUUGAUCAGUCAAAGCCGACACAGUUGUUUUGUGACAAUAAGGCGACCAUUCACAUUGCCUCCAAUCCAGUUUUUCAUGAGAGAACGAAACAUAUUGAAUCUUAUUGUCACGCUGUAAGGGAUGCUGUUCAAGAAGGAGUUAUUGUGACUGAUCAUGUGAGAACAGAGGAGCAGUUGGCUGACAUACUUACAAAGGCACUUGGGCGUGCUCCAUUUCAGUAUCUAUUAUCCAAGUUGGGCGUUCGUAAUCUUUACGCUCCAACUUGA